AUGGGUGGAGGGAUGUGGAUGGUGGACAGUUUGGUACCUGCAGAACCACAGUUCAGAGGAACGCUGCAGGCCUCUAUCCAGUCUCCAGAUGUGUCACGGAGGAAGUUACUUCAGAUGGCAGGAGCUGCAGUACCCUUCCCACCCCUCAAGGUACUGUCCAAUGGGGAGCCGUGCAUCUUGUUCCAGGCCAGGAAACUGUCUCUGCGCUACGAGAAGCAGAAGCAGCUGGACCUGACAGAGCGAGCUUUUUCUCCUCACAAACCCGUCGACACCAGCCAGUCUGUCUGCCGCCAGGACAAGGCCACGCUGGUCAUGAGGUUUGGAGAUGUGGAGGAUCUGAGAGAUCUGUCCAUCAGACUGCAGCUGUCCAACACUUUCUACGAGUCUUCGGGUCAGUGGUGGUUCUCGGUGGACAGCGUCUCUUUGCUCUACAACGCGUCUGAAGAGGCUGCGUUCAAUGCCAGUGAGGUGUACGCUCCAGCCUCCUCCUCCUACCACUGCCUCCAUGUCAGCAGCCUGCAGCGCCACAGUGCCCUGCUGCUGCCCUGCACUGACCAUGCCCGCCGCUGGACCAUCACCUUCACCGACUUCCAGAUUCAGGCGUUCAGUGUCACUUCUGGUAGGUUUUCGCCUGUGAGCGACUGCGCUACCUUCCUGACGCCGGCCAUCCUCAUGGGCCUCAUCACUUCUCUGAUCCUGCUGCUGGUCCUGGCCUACGCCCUGCACAUGGUCAUCCACCUGAAACACAUCGAGCACGACGAUGAACACAAGGCCGACGUCUACUUCCCCCAAAACCCCGAACAACCUGAACACUUCUAUGUGGAAAACCUUACGGAGAAAAACAUUCUGUAG